AUGAGGUCCACUCUGAUCAUCUCCCUCCUCAGCUGCUUCUUUGCAGUUUACGAGGCCAAAGUCUUCUCCAAGUGUGAGCUGGCCCACAAGCUAAAGGCCCAGGAAAUGGAUGGUUUUGGUGGCUACAGCCUGGCAAACUGGGUCUGCAUGGCUGAGUAUGAGAGUAACUUCAACACCCGGGCCUUUAAUGGAAAAAAUGCCAAUGGCAGUAGUGACUAUGGGCUCUUCCAGCUGAACAACAAGUGGUGGUGCAAAGAUAACAAGCGUUCUUCAUCAAAUGCCUGCAACAUAAUGUGCAGCAAACUUUUGGAUGAUAACAUCGAUGAUGACAUCAGCUGUGCCAAGAGGGUUGUGAGAGAUCCUAAAGGGAUGUCUGCCUGGAAGGCCUGGGUAAAACACUGCAAAGACAAGGAUUUGUCCGAAUACCUGGCUAGCUGUAACCUGUGAGACUGUCCUUGAACGUGGUCCCUGGAGAAGAUGGCCCAGAAGG